AUGGCCCACGAGCAGAUCUACUACUCAGACAAGUACUUUGACUUGACGAGCACUACGAGUACUGAGUACUGGCAUGUCAUGUUACCCAGAGAACUUUCUAAACAAGUACCCAAAACUCAUCUGAUAUCAGAAGAGGAGUGGAGGAGCCUUGGUGUCCGACAGAGUCUAGGGCGGGGUCAUUACAUGGUUCAUGAGCCAGAAGCUUAUAUCCUUCUCUGUAGACGACCUCUUCCAAAAGGACAACAAAAAUGA